UCUGGUAGGGUCAUGAACCUAAGACAAGUCUUUGUGUCUGUACUGAUGUUUGGAGUAGCUGGUCUACUCCUCUUCAUGUAUCUGCAAGCUUGGAUUGAAGAGCAACAUACAGGGUCUGGAGAAAAAUUGCAACAACAGAUAAUUAAUCAGGAUUUCAAGUUACCACCUCCUGGGGAGCCAAGGAGAGCAGCCAAGAACAGGAGCACUGCUACUGGCCUCAGGAAGCAAGAGACGGUGGCCUCAGGGGGCAAGCCUUCACAGGGGAAGGCUGACCCUUUUGGUGUGGUAGCUGUCUCCUUGGCGAGCCGACUGUCAGACCAGCAGAAAAUGACCAAGUCGUUUCUCAGCCAAUUCAGAGAGCUGUAUUUACCCCCUGCAAUGCGCCCUUUAAACAAGAGUUUAAUCAAGGGAGACAAGUGGAAGGAUGUUGAUGGUGCCCAGGAAAAACGCAGAUCCUUCCUUUAUGGCUUCUGUAAAAAAUACAACAGCGGAAAGAAGCUGCGAACCCACCUUGUGCAUGUGGUGUCAAGGAUUUAUGUGGAGGAUAGAUACAAGAUCCUGUACUGCGAAGUGCCUAAAGCAGGCUGCUCCAACUGGAAAAGGGUUCUCAUGGUGCUCAGUGGACUUGCUGCUUCAGCUCACAACAUUUCCCAUGAUGAUGUACACUACGGUAAGCAUCUAAAGAAACUAGACAGUUAUGACCUGAAAGGGAUAUACGCACGUUUGAACUCUUACACUAAAACUAUAUUUGUACGUGACCCAAUGGAAAGACUGGUAUCUGCGUUCAGGGAUAAGUUUGAACAUCCAAACAGCUAUUACCAUCCAGUAUUUGGGAAGGCAAUAAUUAAGAAAUACAGACAAAAUGCAAAUGAAGAAGCAUUGAAAACAGGAUCGGGAGUUAAGUUCAAAGAGUUUAUCCAGUAUUUGUUAGACUCCCAUCGGCCGGUAGGAAUGGACAUACACUGGGAGCAAGUCAGUAAGCUCUGCUAUCCCUGCCUCAUCAACUAUGAUUUUAUAGGAAAGUUUGAAACCCUGGAAGAAGAUGCUAAUUACUUUUUGCAGCUGGUAGGUGCUCCAGCUGAGCUGAAGUUUCCUAAUUUCAAAGACCGACAUUCCUCUGAUGAAAGAACAAAUGCAGAAGUCGUGAGGCAAUACUUAAAGGAAUUGUCUAAGCAAGAGAGACAGCUGACCUACGACUUCUACUACCUGGAUUACUUAAUGUUCAAUUAUACAUCACCAGUUGUAUAGCACCAGAAUCGCUUCAGGCUUCUAUUAGUUAUUUAUCAUUUCAGGAUUCGAAACAACUACUUUGAUGUUAGCCCUGAAAGGAAACAAAGUAACUGCUAAGUGGAGUUG